CUUGCAAGCGGCCUUUAAGGGAAAUCCAGCAAGUCCAAAAUGGCUGAGCUGCGCACCGGUCCUUUCCACGCCGAUGAGCCGCCUCCGCUGCCAGCCGGGCUGGGGCGACUGCAGCCUGUCUCGGCAAGUGGUCGUUCUUGAGCCGAGUUGCUGUUAGAAUUACCAAGAUCCAGAAAGGCAAAAAAUCUGCUAGAUGUUAAUAGAAGUUGUAAGCCAACCCCAGCUUAACCCCUCCUUCAACUUUUGCUCAAAGUGAAUGGAACACCUGAUUGUUAUGGGAUCCUUCCAAAUGAUCUGAGUCCUGGGUAAUCUUUGUUAGGGGAAUGCGGCUCAGAAGGCUUCUGACCAGGCUAUGGGAGUUGCAGCACCCCCCAAUUGCUUCCUCCAUUUUGAUGCUUCUUCUUUGCCUCUUCUGGCUGAUGGGCAUUGGGGAUAACUUGGCCUUAGUGCCCAGCCAGGUAUUCAGACAUUCCCAGAUUCUCUUUGCAGCUUAUCGCCUGGUGAUCUACUGCCUGUACCACACAGAUGCCACCCACCUUCUCUUCAAUUUGCUGCUCUUCCCACUGCUGGGAUGGGCUCAGGAGCUGCGUCUGGGCACGUGUCGCUACCUCUAUGUCUCGCUGCUGGGAGCCGUCAUCCCAGCCCUGCUGUACAUCCUCCUAGCUGUACUGUAUGACACCCAGUUUGAUACUGCUGUUGGUGGCUACACACCUGUGCACCUGGCCAUGCUGGGGUAUCACCAGAGGCAAGAGAAGCAGAGGGGGAUCUUGGGAGUGAUUCUUGCAGCUCUUGUGGCUAGCUUGCUGCUUGGACUCUGCCAGAUUCUGUCACCCAACUCUCCUUUCCUCCUGCACAGCUGUGGACUGCUGACAUGCCUGGCCUUUUGUGCUGGGAUUUUUUCUCCGCUGGAACUGCCUGAGAGAAGCCCGGAAAUGCUACACAAUGGGAUUAUCUACAGGACGCAGGCAAGAGGCUCGUGUUUUCUCCCCUUUGUCAUGCCCCCAGCAACUGGACUCCUUCCAACCGUGGACCCAGCAGCCAGUACAGAAAGGAUUCCCUCUGCUUUGGAAAUUAAAAUCCAACCAGUCGUCCCAAGAACUUUUCACACCCAGCCUCUACCUCCAACUUCACCAUCUGUGUCUUACUGGGGAGGAGAAAAUAUAGGGCUGGAGCAGGAAUCCAGGCCACCAUACACAUCUGGUUCUCCGCCUUCCUUCUCAGGCCCCUAUGGGGCUUCAGACAUUCCUUUUCCAGUCCCUCAUGAAUCCUUACUUGAUGAAGAGAUGCUGCAGGCUGGAAUCCAGGCCUCUUUGCAGGAUGUGACUGAUGGAGAACUGAAGCUAUCCAAGUCGUCUGUCUCUUCACUCCGGCUUCAGCAGCUCCAGAAGAUGGGCUUCCCAACAGAACAGGCAGUGGUGGCUCUGGCAGCCACAGGCCGCGUAGAGGGUGCUGUUUCUCUGUUGAUAGGAGGCCACAUUGGAGAUGCAGCUGUGGUGACUACAGAGAGUCAGUUGGCACACCAUGAACUCUUGGGUACCAGCCAAUGAAUAAACAGAGGAAGGAAGAUCCCUGCUUCCAAUAUUGCUACCUUCUGGGCGAAAAACAAACCACAUAUGGAAUAAAUAUAGAUCUUCAUAGCAUCCACCAAGGAACAAUGAAACAGGAAGAAGCAAAGUUGUGCCAACAGUUCUACUGCGAGGUGGCAGAACUCCAGGUGGUCCAAGCUAACUGGGAAAUCUUCCCAGGGAAACACAGUUUCUUCUGCCCACCACCUUAGACUCAUGAGGCUAUAGGUUCUGAGAUGUGGAUCCAACAUGUUGUUGACACCACCUGCCCACUGGUUUUCCUAAUUGCAGCAUCUUUCCCCUUAUUCCUAGAGCAAAUGUGUCUAUUGCUUUUUAUGCAACAGGAGAAAUAAGCUACAAUUAGGAAAACUUUUUGAGUUGCCUACAGGGUCAAGUACCUGUCCUCUCAGAUGAGUAAAUCUACCUGUAAACGUCCCAUGAUCGCCUGGAGCUCAGAGAGACUGAUCAUUUUUGAUCCUGGAAUGGAUAUACCUGGAGGAACCCAGGAGAUUUAACAGUGUUUAAAAUCCACUCGUCUUGAGUUAAAGGCCUUCAAAACAUAAGCUAUUUCUGUGGUAGGACAGGAAGAAAAAACCCAGAUGGGUUGUGAUACCAGGAGUACCAUUUAGCCAGGGAAUGGGUUCGUCUUGUGUUCUUUGCAAAUUAAAGUUUGUCUCCCCCGAAGAUUGG